GAUAGCGCUUCGCAUGAAGUGUUUCGAAACACUUUGUAAUGGUUAUUUGAUGAAUACGUGGGUGUCAUGAGACCAAGAGUACUAUCGGUCGGUGUCAGCGCAGAAGCCAGUAUAGCUGUUGAUUACGGUUGGAAAGGACUUAUUGCUCUUGGCAGUUUCACCAACAUACUUAUAGUUGACCCUUGUUUCAGUAAAUCUUUGCAGUCACUUCAGGGCCACCGCGCUAACAUAGUAAAUGUUUUGUGGGCUCCUGAAAAUUACUAUCAUGAUGAUAAAAACCCUUUUCAAUUAAAACUUGCCAGUGUUGACGCGUCUGGAGUAAUAAUUAUUUGGGAUGCUACUACGUCCUCUGCGACCUCAGAGUUUCGUGAGCCAGAUUCACUCGUUCUGGAUAUAUUAUGGCUACCAAAUCAGUGGGUUUCACGUGAUUUGUUAGCUGUUCUCCACUCUCGUGGUAGAUUCAUUAUCUGGAACACACAAACCCAAACAAGAUUGUGGAAGUACUCUUUUGGAGACGAUGUGGUUUCUUUUUCUUUGGAUAUAUUCUCUAAUUCAAAGAUGAUUUUUUGCUCAAAGGAAUAUUUCAUUGUGGAAAAUUUCAACGUCACUUCAUGUGCCUUUGGAAAAGGCAGGAAACUAAACAUCUCUGAGGCUGGUAGUAACAAGUGUUUUGUUAAUGAAAUAAACUCACAUGGGACAACAUCAGGAGAAACGCCAGUAAAAUUAUCGUCCAUUGAACAAAAAGUCAGCCCGGGGAACUCUGGAAGGGCAUGUGAUUCUUCGAGUGAUAGUGCGAGAACAACAUCUAUUAGAACAUGUUUGCAGGUUACUUACCAUCGAUAUCACAAGGACUGUGCGCUGUUUGUUUUUAGGAGGGAGAUUAUUAUUGUGAAUCUGGGAUUGAUCCGUCCACUUCAUGUCGUUUAUCUAGAUCCGUCUUGGCCUUCUUUCUCACGUGUUUAUUCUUGCACUCAACGUGAUGUCAUCAUUUGCCUACAUGAAAAUGGUAAUUUAAGCGUAUAUGCUUGUCGUGGUCUUGCUUUAGCAGCGGAUCCUUCUCUUCAUCCUUCUCAUUUACUGCGAAAACCUAGUAAAGAAUCUUCUGAUAUCCACGUUGAUAACAGCUGCACUUAUGUUCUUGUUGCAACUGCUGCUUCUUCUAGACGCCCAAAACAAGUACAUCAUGUUGAUUUUUCUGUGGACCAAAUGAAUGAGUUGAAUAUUGUCGUAGCUUCAAUUGAUGGGCGUUUCCAGUUUUGGCAACUGCGAGCUGUUCGAGACUCAACUUUUUGUGAUGAAGAGGUGAAACCAAUUUGGAGCCUUUCAGAUCUGCUACCACAUGCACCUGUUGUAGAUAAGCCUCCAAUAAAGUUGUAUCUCGAAUUAAAUGGCCUAUACUCUCCAAGUAGAUCAGAGCCAACACUGUGUCGCGUAUGUCCACCGAAUCUGAUGGGAUUUUCAAUGGUAGACUCAAUUCGUGGUCCAUUAGUGUCUGUUGGUAAUAAUCGUGGUGACAUCCAGAUUUGGGAUGUAUCAUCAGCUAUAUUAUGGCGUGAAUAUCAUGUACUACCGGUACCUAUCAAAGGAAUUGAAUGGAUAACAAUACCUCGAACAAUUUAUAAAAAUAAACAAAUCAGUGAAGAUUCUUCGAGACCAUCAUCAUGUGAAUAUUCAUUAGGUUUAAUUGUUCAUGGUUGGCAAUCCAAAGAUGGUCACCAAAGUUCUCUUACUGAAAAUUCAUCGAAUAGAACAAAUACAAUAGGAAGAAAUUUCGUUACUACACUGGACUUAUCAACAGGUUAUAUGCGUAUAUUUCGUGAUAUUUCGAAUCAAAAUAUUGACAAGACAGGUCCUCGCAUAGGAAUCAGUGUUCCCGGUAGUCAACUUUUAUCUGGAUCCAACGAUCAAGAAAAUCUUCUUGAAGGACCAAUUGACAUUCUUUGUGUUAGCCACUUAAAUCAAUACGUUGGUAUAGCAAUUCGUAAGAGUCCUGUAGAAAUAUGGAAACUAUCUACUUCUUCUUUAAUAGUUAAACUACCUUUGCUACCGGAUAUAACGGCUGUUGCUUUGGACUGGUGUCAUUCGCCAACGAAAUAUCAACGAAGUCGUAAGAUUUCAGACAAGAGUUCUAAAUCUGAGGAAUAUGUUCAUUCAAAAGAAUCUGCUCGUACUCGUGAAUCAUGUAUUAUAUGCACUUCGGAUGGUAAUAUUCGCUUGAUUGCAGUGAAUAAUGAUUCAGUAGAUAGCACUUCAGUUUCAAAUACAAUUUUAAACGGUCUACCAACUGUUAGUUUAAAUCGAAUUAAUUCAGUCGCUUGGUUCUCUGAUUUGGUUGCUUUUGGCACUUUAGAUGGUUUUGUAGCUGUUCGAGAUUUACAUAGUAAAAGAACAUUGUUUAGAACAACUUGUUCAAAGUCACAAUCAAAUUAUUUUGAUCAAGCCCUUGGUUCUUUUAAUGAACAAUAUUUCGACCCAGAUAUAAUGUUAGAAACAAAUACUCCUGUUGUACAUCCUUCAUUGAAUAUUCGACGUUUAUGUUUUACACCGGGUUUAUCUACUUUUACUCGUCUUCUUAGUUUGCAGUUUGAUUCCGUAUGUGUUUGGGAACCAAGACAGAUGCUCCUUUUAUGUAUGAUUGAAUUCGGUGUAUCAGUUCAUCAUUCCUUAAUUUGUGCUGAUUGGGUUUCUGUUGUUACUAAAUUAUCAGAUAGAGCUUUGUGUAUUCUUUUGGGUGGAGAUGGUGCUUUACGACUUGUACAAGCUGGUCAAGCUAAUUAUGAAAUGACAGUUGUUAAUUAUUCUAAUCAGUCAGUAAACCUUGGGAAUACAAUUACUCGUGGAACUACUUUACAUGAUCCGAUUUCAAAAUUUUACAUUCGAAGUCCAUUGCCAGAUAGACCUGACAUUCAAGAUCCUGUUUUAGUCCCGUCGUUACUUCCAUCCAUCACUGCCCUAAAUAUUCGACAUCUCUUACAACAUCAACCAUGGUGUAAAAAGUCUCAAAAUAUCCCUUCGAUUAAAAAUGAGAAUUUAUUGAUUGAUAUAGCUUCUAGUUCUCAAGCGUUAACAUGCGAUCAGACUACCAUAGCUAAUACUGAAUCAGACCAAAGCUCUUAUUCUAGUAGUGACUGUUCUCUGCUUGCUCCUGGUUUUGCAAAGAUUCAGAAUUCUGUAAAUAUAUUCCUAUAUGGCCUCAAAACAAGACAUGAAUUAUCUACCAGUUUUAUGAACCUGUCGAAUACUACCAUUAUUGAACGUUGUUUAUGGACUGCUCAAUUAUUUGGCGAUGUAUAUGAAGUAAAAUUUUGGCGAUUGGUUGCAAAUCGUUUACUAUACAAAAAAGCUUUACAUCAUAAUCCACAACAAUUAAAUAACCAGUUAUGGUCUCGGUAUUUUUUAGAUUUAUCUUGGGAUUUUUUAGCUGACUGUGAUUUAUAUCGUCAGAAUGUUGAAAAGUUUAUAUCAUAUAUGGAAAAGUCGCAUAAUUCACCUACUGAAAUUAUGGAUUGUGUUAAUACACUGAUUAUGGUCGGUCAACAGGAUCGUGCAGUUUCUUUACUACUGGAAACACCUGCAGAUUCAAGUAAUUAUUCUAUAAAUAUGUAUCGUGCUUGUUUGUUUACGGCAAAUAUUGCUAGAAAAUCUCUUCUGUCCGAGUCUAGCGUAAAUCAACCAGCAGAAGAUAAUUAUUUAAGUGUAAUAAAAUUAGUUGCUACAAAUUUACUUUCUAAUGGAAAAAUUAAUGAUGGUAUUGGUUUAUUGUGUCUUAUUGGCUUACAAGUUGAUGCAUGCCGUUACUUAGAAUCGUUCGAUCGAUGGGAUCGUUCUGUAUGGUUAGCUAAGUGUACAUUAUCAAUUGAAGAACAUGAUAAAGUGAUGAGACGUUGGGCGUCCUAUUUAGCUUCAUCUCAGGUUAAUCGAAAAGAUUCAGCUAUACUCAUUUAUGUUUAUUUAGAAGAUCAUUUUAAUGUCUUAAAGUUACUUUUUAAUCUUAAACAAUAUCAGUUGGCAGCUAGAUACCUGGAAGCAUGCCGUGAAUUAAACUUAUUGAAUACAACUAAAGAAGCAGGUAAGUAUUUUGUCUUUUUUGUUUUAAUAAAUUGGGAUUAUUAUUAUUCUCUCUCAUAUAGAGAUUUCGUUUAAAAAAUCUUUUCUUAUUUGUUUGGUGCAUGUGUAAUCAAGGAAUUAAGCUUGUGAUGAACAGUGUUUGUUCAAAAAAAUAACAUCCAGUUGUUUAAAUUUCACUUACUCAAUUAACAAUGAAAUUUUAGACUUGUAUUAUUCAAUUCAAAUGAUAAAUGGUAAGAAUAUGUAUUAUAUAUUUUAAAUCUGUACACAUAGUUGGUGUAAGUUAUAAACCUUUUAAUCUGUCUAAUCAAUUACAUAACUUCUUACUUAGUUUAAAAAGUAUGAAGACUUUAAUUUGAUGAAUUGUUAUACCACUGCAUUCGCCUGUUUAAUAUUAGUUUUCGUUUUAUUUUUAUUUAAGAGAGGAGAAAUUCAAGAUCGUUUAUGUGUUGUAAAACAUUUCAUAUUGUUCUAUAUAUUAAACUGUGUAAUCUGAUCUAUUUUAGCAUGUUUUGAUAGAUUAGUAUUUGACAUUAAUUUUGAUCUUCUUGUUAUCAAAGUGAAGUUGUUUUAUUAGAAUGAUUUUUGAAUCACUAUGUUAAAGAAAAUAGUUGGUAUCCUAAAAGCACGACAAAGCUGCCAGAGAAUCUAAGGGAUUCCGUCAAAUCAGAACCCAAUAGAACCUUCUGGGAUAUCAACGUGGCAUACUAAGAUUGAACAGUAGCAUAACUUACCUCUUUUCGGAUUGGUUGAAUUGUGAUGAUGUUAUAACAAACGCUAAUAUCUAUAAAUACCCAUGAUUUCCUGUACAUUUUGAUUCUUAUCCAGCAAACACUUCUUCAGCCUUCUGUCUUCUGAUUUUAAGACUGGGGUUCUAAACUUUCGAGUGCCGUAGUUGCAUACCGUAUUCUGCGUUAAUCAAGUGGUGAACAUAACAAAGUAUAAAAUAAGUUAUGAUUUUCGGUACUUUAUGCUGAUAUCAUGAACUAUGUUCGCAUUUCUUGAUAUUCACUAGUGUGAAAGGAUUCUAACUGUGGAAGUCAACACAAAAUUGAUUUUGAUUUGAGAGUUUAUAUAUGUAUAUAAUUAUGAUACUAUAAUUUUCAGAUUUGCCAAUAUCAUAUUUAUUACAUAAUUAACAUUUUAUAUGUCACAAUAUUUACCAUAAUAAAUUGAUAGUAAGAAUAAUUCUGUACUGAUUAAUAUUUCCGUUACAUUUUUAAAAAAAUAUAGAAUCAUUUUACGAGUCAAUAUUUUUGGAAUUCGGUUCAUUUCUAAUAAAACUUGGUCAUCAUGAAGCUGCUAUGUAUUAUUGUAAUUUAGCUGGAAAAAUAGCUGAUUCAUUAAAAGAAGAAAUAGAUUUUCUUUUGUCGUAGAAUAAACCUUAAACUGACAAUAACAUUCAUCAUCAUUUUUGAACUUCAUGAUGAUGAUAAGAAACCAAACAAUUUUUUCCAUUUCCUUAAACUCAUAUUUUCUUUUCUGUUCAUUCCUCAUUUAUUUUAACCAAAAAAUACGAGUGGAUAUUGUUGACUGUGAUAGAUAGAACUAUAUAUAAUAAAUUAUUUGACUUGACUAAUAUUAUAUUCCGUUUUGCACCUUUUUUGUAUUUUUUUUUACUUGCCAGUAUAUAUGUAUGUGUGUGCGGAUAAAACUAUUUUUCACUUUUUUUUUGUAUUUCUGUUUUGUUUUUUUCAAAAAGUGUAUUCUCAACUUUCCUGCCAACAUUUCAAUUUUGUUGUUUUGAAUUUUGGUUGUAUCGUUGUUUUUCUUCUGUUUUCUAUUUGUUUAUAUAUUUUAAAAGAGAAAGAGGAAAUAAUCAUUUCUAUGUGUGAUUUUCGUUAGUAUUCUUUAUUCGACUUUUUGUAUUCAAUUUAUCGAUAUAACUGUUAUCGUAUGAAGUGUGACGUCGAACACCAUAAGUUGUUUGAAGUUAAACACGUAGACCGUCGGUUGUUGUCUCAGUAGUUUAAAGACUAAGCACUCCCUGCCAAUUUUGAUGAUUGUAGUUUCGAUCCUGUAAAGAGUUUUUAGAUGCGCACUAUUUUUGAGGAGUCUCAUAUUCAACAAAUCAGUUAUCCACUACUUCCUAGUUCUGUGUUCUUGUCUUACUUAAGCCGGUUCUUAUUUCCAAUAAACUUUUGGAUUAGUUUUUUUUCUCAUUCCCAUCGUUAGUUAUGAUUUGUAUUUCAAUUCAAGUUCGAUACUAG